UAACAGUCCUCUGAAAAACAGCCCCAGACUUCACCUCAGUUUAAAAACCUUCUCAACAUAAUAAAACAUUCACUGUGACACGGCUGGGACACACAAGCAAGUUUCAGCCAUGGCAGAGAGGAGACGGAUGGGCUACAGCGUGAACAGGGAGAUCCUGGAUGAAGGAGCAGUGGAUGAGAUGGCACAAAAGUCUGAAUCAAAAACGUCUCCGUAUGACAAGGUCAAAACGUCAAUGAGGUGUUCUGGUCCCAGGCUGAAGAGGUGCCUGCUGAGUAGCGUUCCUGUUUUAUCGUGGCUGCCUCGAUACUCCCUCAGAGAAAACGCCCUGGGUGACCUGAUCUCUGGAAUCAGUGUGGGGAUCAUGCAGUUGCCGCAGGGUAUGGCCUAUGCCUUGCUAGCAGCUGUCCCUCCAGUCUUUGGCCUUUACUCCUCCUUCUAUCCAGUCCUCAUCUACUUCAUCUUUGGCACAUCCAAGCACAUCUCAGUCGGAACAUAUGCAGUGUUGAGUGUGAUGAUAGGAGGAGCGAUAGAGCGAUUAGCCCCAGACUCAAACUUUAUGAUAACGGACAAUGUGACCAACUCCAGUGUACUUGAUACCAUCUCCCGGGAUGCAGCGAGGGUACAAGUCGCUGCAGCUGUCACCUUCAUGUCUGGAAUAUUCCAGAUUCUGCUUGGUCUAGUCCAGUUUGGUUUUGUUGUGACCUACCUGUCUGAGCCGCUGGUUCGAGGUUACACCACAGGAGCAGCCAUCCACGUCAUCGUGUCCCAGCUCAAAUACACCUUUGGCAUCAACCCCAAGAGACACAGUGGACCCGUCUCUUUGAUAUAUACUGUGUUGGAGUUGUGUUAUCUCCUCCCACAGACAAACAUUGGUACUCUUGUGGUCAGUAUCGUCGCUAUAAUCGGUCUCAUCCUAGCUAAGGAGCUCAAUGCAUACUUGAGUAAAAAGUUACCUGUUCCUAUACCUGUGGAGCUGCUUGGUGUUGUUAUUGCUACGGUCAUCUCCUGGCAAGUUGGCUUGAAUGAGAAGUAUAAAGUGGAUGUGGUGGGACUGAUUCCCUCUGGCCUCCAGCCGCCUGUUUUCCCGGAUGUCUCUCUGUUUAGUCAGGUGAUCGGGGAUGCCUUCGCUCUGUCUGUGGUCGGAUACGGCAUCGCCAUCUCACUGGGACGAAUCUUUGCCCUAAAAUAUGGAUACAGUGUGGACAGCAACCAGGAACUAAUUGCCCUUGGUCUGAGUAACUCUAUUGGAGGAAUUUUCCAGUGUUUUGCCAUCAGCUGCUCCAUGUCUCGCUCAAUGGUUCAGGAGAGUACAGGAGGAAAAACUCAGGUUGCUGGAGCUCUAUCAGCAAUAGUUAUCCUUUUCAUCACACUCUGGAUUGGAGCUCUGUUUGAAGAUUUGCCAAAGGCUGUGCUGGCCGCCAUCAUCUUUGUCAACCUCCAUGGCAUGAUGAAGCAAUUCAUGGACAUCCCUGCACUGUGGAGGACCAACAAAGUAGACAUGGUGGUCUGGGUGGUCACCUUCAUCCUCACCAUACUGUUAAACCCCGACCUGGGACUGGCUGCUUCCAUCGGUUUCUCCAUGCUCACCGUCAUCUUCAGGACACAGCUACCUAAAUACUCCCUAUUAGGGCAGAUCCCAGACACUGACAUCUACAGGCCGCUGGAGGACUAUAAUCAGGUGAGGCAGGUGCCAGGGAUUUUGAUCUUCCGUUCCUCUGCCACCCUCUACUUUGCCAAUGCUGAGAUGUACCAAGAUGCUCUUGGAAAGAAGUCUGGCAUUAACAUUACCAAGAUCCUGUCAAAGAAGAAGAAGCUAGAGGCCAAAAGGAAGAGGCAUGAGAAGAAAAUUGCCAAGAAAGCCAAGAAAGCUGCCAAGAAGAAUGCAGUGGACAUGGAGAGGGAGCCAGAGGAGCAGAAAGACAUUGCCGUCAUUAAGAUGGACGAUGAGCCUGACCCCUCACUCCCCAGAGCCAUCAUCCUGGACCUCAGCCCUGUCAACUUCCUGGAUACUGUGGGAGUCAAGACGCUGAGCAGGAUCCGGAGAGACUAUGGGGAAAUUGGUAUUGAGGUGCUUCUCGCCGGCUGCCAAACCGGUGUUGUGGACAACCUGCAGACUGGGGGUUUCUUUAAUGACAAAGUGACAAAGUCCUGUCUCUUCUACACCGUCCAUGACGCCGUUUUGUACUGUCAGUCCUCCAGAACACACAGCGAAGACAAGGAGUUCACAUCAACACAUUUCUGAGUCCUGAGAGGAACGAGAGGAAGAGAUUAGGAAGAAUUGCCAAACGCUGCCAGACACUGUCUGUAUGAAGAUUUUAUCCAGUGAGCCUCAGAGAACUGGAACUUCCGUCUGUCACAAACACAGACACACAAACAAGCACACACACACACACACACACAUUGUAAUAAACACAGUACAUGAGGACGAAAACCACAGAAUGUAAAUAAAUGACAACAGGGUACACACAUGGAGGCACACAGUGAUGCUGGAGGAAUGUACAAAACAAAGCAAUAGCACACACAC